AUGGCGAUCUUCAGCGGCCGCACUGCGCGAUCCCUGCUGGGUCUCAACAACUUCAUGAUCCUCUCCUCGUCGGCAAUUCUCACCGGUAUCCUGUCGUACUUUCUCCACCGGGGCCUCAGAUUAACCCACCUGAUAUACAACGAGGUCAUUGCCGUCAUCACCCUCUUCUUCUACCUGUUCGCCGUCGUCCUGCCGGUGCUCAAAGCGUACCGCGGAUACAUGCUGCCGCUCAACCUAAUCCUGACCUACCUGUGGCUCACGUCCCUCAUCUUCUCGUCGCAGGACUACAGCGGCGGCCGGUGCCGCUGGAACGCGCUGUUCUCCCGCUGCGGGCUGAAGCACGCCGUUCAGGCCUUCUUCAUAAUCGGAUUCUGCUUCCUCCUCUUCAACACCAUCCUCGAGGCCCUCAUGUGGGCCAACCACUGGCGCAGCCGGGAAGGAGGUGCCGGCGAUCCGGAGAAGGACCGCCCCCUGGCUACCACUACGGGUGCCAACACCGCGGGUGAAACCGGCGGAACCAGCGGAGCGGGAGGAGCGUGA